CAAAAUGAUACCGAAAAAGAUGCCGGUAAAAGAUGCGCACAUAGUAAAAAUAGCUGUGGAGCGCGAGAAUCAUAUAGCGCAGCUUAUAAAUCUCGACCAAAGGCAUCCCCUUGCAAGUAAAAUCCAGGAAAUAUGCAGCAGCUGGGGCAUAAGCGAUCAUCAGAACUAUGCGCUGCAGUUCUGCGAAACAAACAAUAUGAAAUAUGUAACGGAAAAGAAUCGUAAUGAGAUUAAAAACGGCUCAGUGCUGCGACUGCAGUACUCACCCUCUAAAACGGCCAGCGAUACCUUGGAAACUUUAAUAAAUGGCGUACCAUUGGACAAAGCACAACGUCUUAAGGAGCUCUCAUCGCUCAGUAUGGAUCACACGUUCGCGCUGGAGUUUAUCAAGGAAAAGGGUUUGGAUAUACUCAUUAAAAUGAUCGAAGAUGUGAAUCAAAAGGAUGAGGAUAUACUAAAGUAUAGUUUGGCCAGCUUUGUGGAGCUAAUGGAGCAUGGCACCGUAUCCUGGGAGGUGCCCGAGAGCAGUUUUGUGGCACGAAACAUUGAAAUUGUACGCAACUUUCAAAAAUAUCCCCCUAAAUGCGGCGAGAGUGCUCUCUCUAAUCUGGAGAAUAUUGUCCAAAGCAGCAGUAAAUAUGUGCUAGUUGCCGAAGAAAUCAAGCUCCAGGAUAUACUGCACCUGCUGCAAGAUGGUAACUCCCCGGUGAUGCGACAAAAUGCCAUUGCACUACUCAAUGCGCUGUUCAUGAAGGCCGAUGAGUCACGUAAGCGUACCAUCGCCCACACGAUAAGUGCGAAACCCUAUAGACUAGCCCUGAUUGGCAAUGGGUUGAGCACAGAGAUGACCCACCAGCUGUAUGUGCUGCAAACCCUGACGCUGGGCCUCUUGGAGAAACGUAUGAGAAUGAAAAUGAAUGCCCAAGAUCAGGAUGCACACGAGAAGAUCAAGGAGCUCCGUCGCAUUGCGUUCGAUGACUAUGCGGGCUCGCUUAGUCUGAAUGAUGAGCACAUUCGGCGCGGUGGCAGCGGCGGCACUGGCUCAGGAUCGGGUGCUGGCAAUGUCAACUUUUCGCAGUACUAUAAGAAACUUGGCUUCAAGUGCGACAUCAACCCGGCACAGGAUUUUAUCGAAACGCCACCGGGUAUACUCGCUCUGGAUUGCAUGGUGUACUUUGCUCGGAACUAUACGCAGCAGUACACGAAGAUUGUGCAUGAGAAUUCCUGUCGUGCGGAUGAGCAUGAGUGUCCGUUCGGUCGCACCUCCAUCGAACUGGUGAAGGUGUUGUGCCACAUUUUGCGAAUUGGCGAGCCACCCGCCGAGCAGUCGGGCGACUUUCAGCCCAUGUUCUUCACUCACGAUCAGCCGUUCGAGGAGUUCUUUUGCAUUUGUGUCAUCACAUUGAAUCGCACGUGGAAGGAUAUGCGUGCCACCGCCGAAGACUUUCAAAAGGUAUUCAGUGUGGUACGCGAACAAAUUCAGCGCACUCUAAAGCAGCGCCCCGAGAAUCUAGAGGACUUUCGCAGCAAGAUUGCCUUGCUAACGUAUCAGCAGAUCACGACAUUGCGUCAACAGGAGCGCACCUCGAAGGAGGAAUGCGAUUCGACAGCAUCGGCCAUUGUGAAGCUAAAGGAGAAAAUCUCACCACAAAUUGUAGAGCUCAUCAAGCAGCAGCGUCUCUCAUUUCUAGUAGAAGGCACACGUUUCUCCAAGUAUGUGCGCGGCACACGUAGCAAGGAUAAGUUCUGGUACGCUCGCCUUUCGCCCAAUCACAAGGUCAUUCAUUAUGGCGACUGCGAUGAGAAGAACAUACCGACCUUGGAAGAACUGCCCAAAAAGUUGCCCAUCAUUGAUAUUAAGCAGCUGCUGGAGGGCAAAGAGUGCCCGCACAUGAAGGAGGCGCGCACACGCAAAUCGCCCGUAAAUUUUGCAUUUUCCAUAACAUUUGAGAGCAUGGAUCAUUCCACUUUGGAUUUUGUGGCGCCCGACGAGACCAUAUUCAAUUAUUGGACUGAUGGCAUAAACGCUCUGCUCGGCCAGGAGAUGACAAGCAAGCAGAAGAAAGAAGAUUUUGACACGCUCCUAUCCAUGGAGAUUAAAUUGCGUCUGCUCGAUACCGAAGGUGUGGACAUUAGCAAGGACCCGCCGCCCAUACCCGAAGAUCCCGAGAACUAUGACUUUUGUUUCGAAAGCUAAAUUAACUCAAUAUUUCGUUUAUUUUGAUUUAAAUUUAUUGCAAUAAUCGAUCGUUCCAAAUUCCUCAACAUACAUGCCAAAGUGUACCCAUUAUAUAGAGUAGAUCCAUACUCUCCGAUCUGAAUUAGUAUUAACAGUGCAAUUUCCAAAAAGAAAAAAAACAAAUGAACAAACAAAAACAAAUGGAACGCUUAGCCAUUUAGUAAACACCAUUUACAAUACAUAUUUUAUGUAAUUAUAUUAAGUAUAUUAAUAUUAAUAUUAAUAGAGAUUCAUAUAAAUACAACGUUUUAUACAUUAACCAUUUUGUACAAAAUGAAGAAGCAAAUUGUAACAAGA